AUGGCAGAAGACGCGGACAUGCGCAAUGAGCUGUCAGACAUGCAGCAACGCGCUGACCAGCUGGCUGACGAGUCUCUGGAGAGCACUCGUCGCAUGCUGCAGCUGGUGGAGGAGAGCAAAGAUGCCGGCAUCAGGACUUUGGUUAUGCUGGACGAGCAGGGAGAGCAACUCGAUCGUGUUGAAGAUGGCAUGAACCAUAUCAAUCAAGACAUGAAGGAAGCCGAGAAAAAUUUAAAAGAUUUAGGGAAAUGCUGUGGGCUUUUCAUAUGUCCGUGUAACAAGAUGAAGGGCGGAGCCAGCAAGGCCUGGGGGAAAAACCAGGACGGGGUGGUGGCCAGCCAGCCCGCCCGCGUGGUGGACGAGCGUGAACAGAUGGCCAUCAGCGGAGGCUUCAUCCGCAGGGUAACAGAGGAUGCUCGGGAAAAUGAGAUGGACGAGAACCUGGAGCAGGUGGGCGGCAUCAUCGGUAACCUGCGCCACAUGGCUCUGGACAUGGGCAACGAGAUCGACACCCAGAACCGCCAGAUCGACAGGAUCAUGGAUAAGGCGGACUCCAACAAGACCAGGAUCGACGAGGCCAACCAGCGCGCCACAAAGAUGCUGGGCAGUGGCUAG